CCCUUCUUCCUUUCCCACACAAACCCCCGCCAUCCAAUCCAUUCCUCUGCAGCAAACCAAUCUCGCCUCUUAAAAUCUUCCCUUCUUCUUCCCCUCACCAUCCUCCAAACGCCCUCGCGCCUGUGAUUCCACCCUUCACGCAAAAGCAAAAAAGAAGAGCUCAUUCCAUUGCACUGUACACUUUGCAACCUGGGAGGCGUCUUUCCUGUCUUUUGUUUUUUUUUUUUAAUUUAUUUUAUUUUUUCCCCUUUUAUUUUCUUUCCUUGUCUUGUAUAAUCCUUGCUUUUGUUUCAAGCAGAGGAUAAGGAGGGAGAAACGAAGAGGAACAAGAAACAGAAGAUAGUUGAUAUACCCAGAAUAUCAGCUUGUGUGUAACAUUAAAGCUUCCCAAAAAAAAAAGCCCCCUUCGACUCUGGAACCUUGCCGAACGCGAACCAACAACGUUAGCCCUACCUCCUCUGUCCUCUCUCUCCCUCCCUCCCUCUCUCUCUCUCACACACGCACGCACGCACUCCCCUUUUUUUCUCGACUCCCCCUUGCAUCACGACAGUUACGAGUCCCACGAAAAAAAAAGAAAGGAGAACAAUAAAAAAAGAAAAAAGAAGAGGCACAUUCGUCAUGACUGAAGCCUCGAAGCAAUCCGUUAGAAUCGCAGUUCGGCGCCCUACCUCCACCCCAUCCAUCUUCCUCGUCGCGUCCUUCACCGACCCCGCCUGGGAUCCCGUCGAGCUCGAGGCCAAGCCCGUCACAUCCGCAGACGCCACAUCAGAGUCGUAUGAAUUCUCCAAGUCGUUCGAGCUAGCUCCGGGCAAGUACCAGUACAAGUUCCGUGCCGGCUCAGGGGAUGCCUGGUUCUGUGAUACAGAUGUGCCCACAGAAGUGGAUAACGAUGGCAAUAUGAACAACGUAUUGCUAGUCGAAACCGCCUCCGAUUCCAAGAAAGAAGGCCUGCAGGCUGGGCAGUCCAAGUCGGAUAACACGACGGAAAACGCUGAGACGGUGGUGGCUUCUGACGAAACAACGGAAAAGGCGGCAGCGGACAAGGAAUCGAAUGGUGUAAACGGCGUCGUUGCAGAGAAAGCCGAUCCGGAAUCAAAGGAAGCUUCAGUCCCCGCAGAAGAAGCUCCAGAGAAGGCUGAAAAGGAGUCCACUGGCGGUGAAGAUGUCGCGGAACAGCCCACCACCGUCUCCGAAGCAAUAGCAAAGAGCACGCCGUCGGACCUGAAACCGGCCGACGAUUCGCAGCCCAAGGCUAACAUCAAGGAUGAGGACGUGUCCGUCAAUGGUGGCCCGGUUGAGAAGAAACUGGAGGUACAGGAAGCAGAGACUGAGAGUCCGCAGCCUGAAAAGAAAGCGCCGGAGGUCUCCUCUCCUGACUCCUCCGCUGACCCAAUUUCAUCUGCAACCGAAGCAGAAUCUCCUGGGCAAGCUGAACCAGAACCGUCCGAGCCCAAAGCUGAGGAGCCUAAGGCGCCCGUAGAGCCUGAGAUCCAACCGACGUCCGAGGUCGAGAAACAGGCGGAAGCAACCGAGCCAAAGGAUGAAUCGCCAGCUGUAUUGAAUCCCGAGGCCCCUCAACAGCUAACAGAAACCGCAAAGGAUUUGGAGUCAAGACCCCAAACCCCAGCGAGCAUGUCAAGCUCCACAAGAUCCCUGAACCCAGCCGCUCCCGCAUUCGUGCCAGGGAAAUUCACGCCAGUGUCCGUUCCGAACCCGGCCGAAACCGAUGACGCGGCGCCCAAGGACGAUAAGGAAUCGCAACCACCUGCGCCAGAAGAACCUAAGGUAGCUGAAAAGGUGCCCGAGGCAAGCACGGCCGGCGACGAAGUGGAUAAGGACAAAGAAGAGGUUGUAGCAUCAUCGAAGCCGGAAGAAGACGUGGCCCAGACCACCACCACCACCGCAGAAGAGACCAAAGAGACUCCUGCUGCGGAGCAACCUGCUAUGGAUGCUGUCAAGGAGGUUAAGAAACCAGCCGAACCUGCGGCCCCAGAGCAAACGGAAGAGCCUGCUGAGGAAGCACCAAAGGUCGAAAAGGCUCCAGAGGUCGAGACAGCCGCCGCCGCAGUUUCAACCGAUCCUAUUCCCGAAGCUACUGCAGAAGCAGUAACGGAAGAUAAAGAGGAAGAAAAGAAUGUUUCCACAACUGAAGCACCGUCCGAGCCACUGGCUGAAAACGUCACCGCAUCUGCCACCGAGACCGUCGAAGAACCGGCGCAGAAGGACGAUGAAGUUGUUCCAUCUUCCAAGACCGAGGUCGAGGAGAAGGAGGUUCAACAGCAGGAAAAGCCUGUAGAUGAGGUUCCCGUAGCAGAAGAUUCUCCUGCCGAACCGGAGCCCGUCAAAGCAUCAACCGAACCGGCUGACGAAAAAGCUGCGCCAACGGAACCACCAGCCGCCGAAAAUGCGGCCGACGGCGAAAUUCCAGCCGAGAAAGACGAUGCACCUGUCAAGGAACCAACCUCUGGCGACGAGGAACCUUGCGAUGAGCAGAGUGCCUCGACCGCAGGUACAACUCCGAUCGAAGCGGAACCCGCCUCCGAACCAGUGAAGGAGGACGAGAAGCACGACGACGAAGCUCGUCUCCCUGCUGAGCCCGCGCCAGAGGAGAAAGCUGCCGUUGAAGAUGCCAAAGCGUCUCCAGCCGAAGCGACGGACGGGGUUGCGCAGGAGAAACAAGCUGAGGAACCGGAGCCGCAAGCCAGCAAGACCGAUGCCGAUGACGUCAUCCAGACGGAAGCAGCCGAGGCAGAGCCGCAGCCGGAAGAACAAAAUGCCGACGCUAAGCAGGAUCAGGAAACUGCAACUUCAGGCGUGGAGUCCGCUGAGCCAGCGACCGCUUCCGAGGCUGCUGUUGUCAACGAGGACACGGUUGCAACCGAGAAACUCGAGGAAGCGGAGGUAGCUGAUACGGUUGCUGCCGUAGAACCGGUUGUAGAAAAGGAAGACACCGUUGCACCAUCGCCAGCACCAGCACAAGAACCCGCUGAGACACCGAAUGAGCAGGUUGAAGCUCAGGAAGAUGUCGUCGAGGAUGAGCCGGCCCGGGAUGCCGCAGCCGAAAAGGCCGUGGAGCAGGUACCACAAAAAUCGAUGGAUCUUGUCGAGACUCUUGACGUGAAGGAAGUUACUCCUGUUGAACCUUCCGACAAGGCCCCUGUCCCUGACACACCAGCUGUUGUUGAUGAACAGCCAGAGGUUACGGCCCCUGCUGAUGCUGAGAAGGAAGCUACGGAAGCUCAACAAGAGCCUGCUUCAAAGCCGGACAAUGAACCCGAGCCACAGCCAGAAGCACCCACUUCCACAGAGGCAUUGGAGCCAAAUGCCGAUCCAGAACCAAAGGCAGAGACUCCUGAGGUUUUGGAGGCAGAGAUCAACGCCCCUGAAGAACCGGUCGUCCAGGACGACGUGAAGGGACCGGAAGUUCCGGUUACCGCAGAACCAGUGCCGGCGGCCAAGGAAGAAUCAAAACCUGCGGAUGAGCCCGAACCGUCGACUGAUGCGACAGCCUCUGAGAAGAUUGAGGCUGAGCCUGCAGCUGAUUUGAAAGCUGAGGAAACUCCGGCAGACACGCAGCCAGAGGAACAGGUCGAUCCAACACCCGUUAAAGAUCAGAGCGAGGAGACCCCCGUGACUGUCGUCGAUGAGCCAACAACCGGUGGUGGAGAGGCAGGCGCUUCCGCUGCACCAAUCGCUGAUGAGCCUGCCGAAGCUGAAAAGCCUGCAGAUCUCGAGAAGGCUGAGGAGCCCGUCGAAGUCUCCAGCGAUGUUACUCCAGCUCCUGAAACCAAAGCCAUCUCUGAGACCCCGGACGACGAUGAAUCCAAGCCGAAGGAAUCACCUGUGCAGCCUGCUCCUGAACCCGAAUCCACUCCAGCCCCUGUCGUAGUUGAGGAUAAGGCGGAACCGCAGGAAGAGUCGAAUGCUGCUGAUGUAAACGUCGCUGUGUCUGCAUCCGAUGAGCCGGCCGAAAAGUCUGUUGGAGUCCCCGUUCAAAAGGACGAACCGGAGCCGUUGCCGAAACAUGAGGAAGAAGCCAAGGAUGAACCCUAUACCCCUCCGGCCGAACCUGUCGCAAGCGAGGAACCUCAAGUUGAGCCUGUUACAGCUGAGACUCUGCCCAAGGACUCCGACGUCACCGAAGACGCGCCCAAAGCUAAUGGGGUCAAUCCCGUGGUUGCCGUGGAGGAAGUGGCCGAAUCUACCCCUGAAUCUCUUCCAUUAGCCGCCGAGACCACAUCACAUCUCACUGUGGAAGAUGCUCCUAAGGAUGAGACUCACGUUCAAGACAAGUCUCUUCCUCAAGCUCCUUCUCAGACUACCGAGACCGCUAUCCCUGAAGAGUCUCCCGCCCAGCCACUCGAAUCGACCCCCGUCGCCAAGUCAGAGCCCCCACUUGUGGAACCUGUAGUGCAGCAGAAGGUUAUCGAUGACAACGUUGCCACGAUGCCUGCCAACGAAGAGGCCAAGAAAGACGUUCCUUCUCAGAGAGAGGAGCAACCGGAGAACCCCGCCAAGUCGGCAGAAGUUAUCCCACCACAAGCCGCCUUGAAGCCGGCCGAGCCCGCCCCGGCCGACGCUGGCUCUGCCAAAGAACCCGUUUCUCAACAGGCACCCGUUGCUGAUGCCCGGAGCGAACCAUCAUCGAUGUCCGAUGCAAAUGCAAAGAGUGCAACACCUAUCGUCGACGCCAUCAAGGCAGCCACUGCUGCAGAGCCUGCUUCGAAGGACGAUGCAAGCAAGCCCGUUGCCAAGGACGCCGAUGAGCCUCAACGCCCACCAACUGCGAAUCAAUCCGUUACAUCUCUGACGACACAUAAGAGGGAGAGCUUUUUCAGGGCUUUAUGGCGUGCCGUCUUCCUUAAUUUCUUCGGAGGUCUGUUCGGGGCAUUCCGUCGCCGCGAGAGACCUCCUCAGUAAGGAAUUAAUGCUGUUUUCUCAACCCUCAUUUGUUCGGGCUUUCUGAGUUUGCAAUUUUCCUUUUCGUCUGCCUUCCAGGACACCACCCACCGCUUGUUUAAUUUAACACCUGUGGCCAUCCUACGAAGGCUUCUACCUGCUCCGACAACUACGCCAAUUCCGGCGCAGAUAAUGAUCAACGAUUUCCCUGGUCUUUGUUUGAGUAUCCAAAUUUGCUGGUUUUCCGUGUGUAUUCUACUCUCUUUUUUUUGUCUCAAGAUAUCCCAAUCCAUAUGUCCCUGUUAAUAGUCUUCAGCGCGAUGUCCUUCUAGUCAAGUUUGGCCAGUCGUCGAGAAAAACGAAAAUGGUACAUACCUCUCACACGCUCUACUAUUUGAAAUAAAAUGACUGUUUCUCCCCUCAAAUACUCCGUGUUGGUUGGCCGUAUAGAACGAAUUUUUCGUUCUAUUCAUCUGUUUUUAUCAUUUCAGCAGCGAUUCUGGUCGUGUUUAUAACUCUGAUAAGUCUUUUCGCUUUGAAUCUUUGGGCAUAGCAUCCAAGGGCGAGUGAGGAGUCCGCAUAAAAGUUUUCUUCAGUACUUUUCAAAUAGUAAAGAUGCUGCAUCGCUAUCGUGGAGUCAAUUGCGGGAGGGCCAAUACCCAAUUUCUUUGCCUUGUCGGCUGGAAUCUGCCCUAGAUAUUACCGGGAGCUUUAUGAUUACCAUAAUCUGAUAAGCUUCUGAAGCUUGGCUGGAGUAUCACUCCUGUUGACAUGGCUACCAUUUUCCUAAUCCCGUUAGCGCGGUAUCGAUAUCAAAUGUGAAUGUCAACAUUGUUUACCUGGCAGCAGGUUUUUAUGUCUUCCUUCCUUUGCACUCUGGGCCAUCAUCCUUCCAAAACAACCCAGCUUCCGCAGCAAGACGCGUUUUCAAACUGCGUUUCUUGUUCACAUUUCUGAGUACCGCAAGAGAUCUCCUGUCAGGCAUCACGCUCUAUUUGUGCUUUCUUGGGCUUCUUUUUUUCCAUUGAACUAGAUUCUUCCCUUGUGGCACUUGAACAUGGAGAAUCAGCAGAGUCCUGAAACAGUCUCUCAGCCUCCUGGGGUCUCUGGACAUGGACCCGUUGUUGUGCACUUCCCCCCGGCGCAACCCAAGCAACCCGAAUUGCAGCCCCAAAUCCAAGGAGACACGCCAGAUGAGGAUGUUGGGAAAACCCAUGAAGUUGACAGGCCCCCAACAACCUUGCCUUACGCGGAUGUGGCUCGCC